GGGGAAAUCACGCUCUUUGAUUUUUUCGCAGAGUUUCGAAUAAAAAACAUAAAUCGGAUAAAAAUUUAAUAACAAUAAAUUAAAAAACGGAUACGAAAAAUAAGACAUGUAAUGUUUCUGUCAGAAUCAAGUAAAAAUUCAAAUAUAAGCAAUACUGGUAGUUGCUUUUCUUAUCCCAUUCCUGAAAAUAUUGAAAAAAUCAAAGAAUGUUUAGUACGAGAAGUUAAAAAGCAAAAAGAAAUAGGGCAGUGUUACUCAGCAUUACAACAUAAAUAUGAUAAUUUGCUUAGAAAACAUGCAGAGGCAGAAAAUACAAUUGAUACUUAUCGUAUAAAAAUAAAUAGUAACACUAAUGUUACAAAGCACUCAAACAUAUCCAAUUCUGUACUGCAACUACCACGAAAAGAAAGUAACUGCUUGCUUCGAACAUAUUCACUUCCAAGUUCUUCUAUAACUUGUAAAGAUUCAGACUUUCUAGAGAAUUUUCAAUUGUUAGUAAGACGUGUAAAAAACUUAGAAGAAAAUGUUCAAUGUAUUCAUAAUGGUAUACUUCAAAAUCUUUUUGACAAUGAUUUUGAAUUACUGAAAGUAUUUGAGAUUGUUAAAAAAGAUUACACUAUCAUGUUGAAUGAACUGCAGUUUUUUAACCAAAAAGAAAAAUCAAACAAUUUUUUGGUUGAAAAUAUAGAUGAAUUAAAUAAUUUAGAGUUUGAGCUUUACAAGAUUGGUUUAAGACUUGAAGAAUUGCAUGAAAGUUUAUAUGGAAUGUUAGAAAAAAAUGGGAAAGGAGCAUCUGCAAUAAAUGGGGACGAAAAAGUUAAAGAGAAAUUAAAUGUGCUUUCGCAAAACAUCUGAUUCCGUUGUUAACUCAAGGAAAUGUUCAUUUUCUAUGGAUUUUAAAAUUGAUCCUCAUAAUGAAAUGAGAUGUUAUGCUAAAAAAAAUUCUAUUAUCUUUCAUCCUUUGAACAAUACAGAAGAUAGUGGUUUUAUUGAAAGUGAGCUGAAUAAUCAUAAUGGUAGAAUUUUGGGAACAUCGAUUGAUAAAACGCCCAGUACUAAAAAAAUAGACAGUUCAGGCAAUUUAUUUCAAGAAAAUGAAAUUGACAAAGAUUUUCAAGAACGUUUAGGUUUUUUAAAAGAUUUCAUUUAUGCCAAACAACAUGGAGAAAAGAUAAGAACAUAUAAAGUUACGAAAAAAAAUUGGAAACCAAUGUCAGAUUCACUAUUUUUAGAAAGUGAUUUAUCAUAUGCUAAUGAUCAGUCAACUAAAGAUGCUAAUAAUCAGUCAACUAAAGAUGAACGAGUCAUUAAACCAGAGUCACCAUUGAUGAAAGUUCAAAAUCAAAUCAAUGAAAUUUACUGUAUUGUUCAAAGCAUGAAAAAAACAGUUCAUAAAUAUUUAAAUUGUGAGUAUUUAGAUGAAGAAGAAGUAUGUUCAAGCGAUAGUGACCAACAAUCAUUUUUUUCUCCAUUACCUAUGUCUAAUUUUCCUUCUUCAAAAGUCUUUAAAAUUAAAGGGGAACAAAGUUUACAUUUAAAGAAAAUCUCUUGUGACAGAUUAAAUUCAUUUUCAAGUAAACAAUUGUUUUGUAAUUUUUUUGAACAACAGACAGAAUUAAAUAAGCUAAGUGAAAAAAUUGAUAAACUUGCAGACAAAUUUGACGGUGGCGUGUUUAAGUUUAUUAGCCAAGGAAAUGAAAGAGAAGAAGAAUUUAAAAUACUUCAGAAGUUAGGCGAAAAAAAAAAGAAAUCUGUAGGAAUGCAAACUUUUCAUUCCUGUUUUGCAGAUCAAUGCAUAUGUGAUCAUUUCUUUACAUCAAAGGAUUUGCAAAUGCAAAACACUUAUAACUUUAAAAACUAUUGCAGCUAUUUUCAAAAUGGUGAAACAGUACAAUCUGAUUUAAACCAAAAUAAACAGUCUUGCACGUUUUGCAACACUUGCAACUGUAGAACAGAAUCCCCCAAUUUAACUCCGAAUCAAGUAUAUAAAAAAAACAAUUUAAAUAAUGAAUUAUUGGGAAUAAAUGCUUCAGAAAAUAUGAAAAAGUCUAUAUUGAGGGCAACUUUUGCUGCAAACACAAUGGAGAAGUUAUCCCGAAAGCUCAUCCAUAAUUUUUGUCAAGAUUUUUUCGAUGCAGGACCAGAAGAGUUAUAAGAAUAGUUCCUUUUACAUUUUUAUAUUUAUAAAAAAAAUAUUUAUGCAAUAGAAAAUAAUACAUA